CAGUUCUCUGUUUCUCUUCUCUUUCUUCAGUUAUUUAUGUUCAGAGGCAGCGAGUCUGAGGUUUGAAGAGGAUGGAGCGCCCUUUGCUCUGCACGCUGACCUUAUUCUUGCUGAAUACACUCCUCUACUGCGGACACGCCCGAGAUGCUGAGUUGACCCUUGAACCCAACGCCUCCCGUUUAUUUGCUGGCGAGCACGUCACCCUCACAUGUGACAUGAGGGAAGCCGAUGACGCCGACUGGCUUCACAAAUUCACCUGGAAUGGCAAAGAGAUGGACUCCGUCAAGAAAAACAACUCCCUCUCGCUUCUCCUCACUGCAAACCGGGGUGGAGAUUAUCAGUGCGUUGGGCACCGUAAGAGCUCAGCAAGUUUUACAAAACAGAGUAAUAAUCUCACUCUGUCAGUAUCAGCUCACAGACCAACUGCCACUGUGACUGCAACCACAGCGACCAUUUUAGAAGGACAUGAGGUAAAACUCACGUGUUCUGCCGAGGACUCUGCUGACUGGCAGUAUGAAUGGUUUGAAGAUACAAACUCUGACAAAGCUCUGGUGUCCGUGCAAAACCCCAUCAGUGUCUCCCGUGGCGGGCUCUACUCAUGCAGAGGAAGAAGAGGAAACCCACGCUUCUUCACAAAGCACAGCGAAAUAUAUUUUGUUGAGAAGAGCUUGUCCAAUCGUGUUGAUGCAGCUUUGCAACACAACUGGACACAAAUAUUCAGCGGUGAGAAGAUCUCUAUCAGGUGCGAGGUUCAAGGAGGAGAAAAGUCUGGGUGGUAUUAUGAGUGGAGGACAACCAGCCCAAACACACCUCCAACAGAGAGCGACUACAGCUUUGCUGCCUCGGUUUCCCACAGAGGAACGUACUGGUGUAAGGGGCGAAGGGGCUUGUACUCCUCAACAACAUGGAGCAGCCCCUUGACACUGGCAGUAAGUGAUAAACCCAGGCCAAGAGUGGUAGCAGAUAAAAGAACUAUCCCAGUUGGUGGCAGUGUCACGCUGACGUGCUCUGUGAUGAAUUCGACCCACUGGAGUUACUACUGGUCCAGUCAUACCUCCAACUUCUCCAAAAUUAACAUCCGUGGAGGCGGAAUACAAGACAACAUCGUCAGUAUCUUAGAGGGAGGUGUCUACUCCUGCAGAGGGGGCAGAGGAAACCCACUCUUCUUCACAGAGGACAGCAAUGUGGUCAUCAUUGAAAAAAUAGUCUCUAAUGAGGUUGUCGUGUCCCUGAAACCAAACUGGCCUCUGAUGUUCACUGGUGAGAUGUUCACCGUAACCUGUGAGGUUUAUGGAGGCGGUAACACGGAGUGGGUGUACGAGUGGAGCGCACCAAACUCAGUCACUGUUUCAACAUAUGAUGGAAACCGAAUUUUUAAUGCAUCAGAGUCUAGCAGUGGAAACUACCGGUGCAUGGGCAAACACAAGCAGGAUUCAUACUCCUCAACAGAGUGGAGCAACUCCGUCACACUCAAAGUUUUGGGAAACAGACCCAGGGCCCAGGUCCGGGCCGGCAGCAGCGUUUUUCCAGAAGGCGGCAGCGUUACGUUGACCUGCUCAGUCGAACCGCCAUCUUCUGGUUGGCAAUAUCACUGGUACAGAAGUGAAAAAACGUCUGAAGCCGUAACUGAACUUCCAGGAGAUUCCUGGUCUCAUAAAGAAAUCACAGUGUCACAAGAAGGACUCUACUGGUGCAGAGGGGCGAGAGGAGACCCUGUUUACUACACGGACGACAGCGAUUCAAUCAGUGUUGGCAAAACUGCCACAACCAGCCCCGCAGUGACUCUGCAACCCAACUGGCCAGAGAUACACCAUGGAGAGGCCAUUACUCUGAGAUGUGAGAUCCAGGGAAGACACACAGAGUGGGCUUACGAAUGGAUGACAACCAGCUCGUACACCCCCCCAGACCAACAAGAUUACAAAAUCGCUUCUGUUUCCCACUUACACCAUGGGCACUACUGGUGCAAAGGCAGAUUGAAGAGUGCGCCACAGAAUGCAACUCGAUGGACCGCCGCCUUUGAACUAACAGUAGUUGAUUGGAGACAAGCUGUGCUCACUGUGUCACCAUCAUGGCUGAAUGCUGGCGCCUCUGUAACUCUGAGGUGUGGGGUUCGGCAUCCAUCUGCAGGGUUUAAGUUCUACUGGUAUAAAGCUCUUCCCAUCCCGUAUAUACGGCAUUUCGGUGCUCGCUUUAGAGUCCGUUUUGGAUCCUCGUACAGAUAUGAGCCAUUACCUGGGAGCAUCAACGGGACCUUUCAAGAUGUCUACAUCCUCCAUGGACAAACAAACACAGCGGCUUUUGUGUGUCGAGCUGGCAGAGGAGACCCGGUGGUUUACAGUCAUUAUAGUGAUCCAGCAUUUGUCUGGUCUGCAGACUUUCAUUCGUCAGCAUCUCUCGUGGUGUAUCCUCCCAGAGUGCAACACUUCACGUCUGAAUCAGUCUUGCUGAGGUGUGAGGGGAACUCUACCGAGUGGAGCAUCGCGAGUGUUCCAGAUAGCUUCUACUAUUGUGACUAUGACAUCAUGCGUGGAUCAUGUACUAUCAGAGUAACCAGGCCCUAUGAUGCAGUGUACUGGUGUGAGUCUGAAACGGGGGACCACAGCAACGCGGUCAACAUUACUGUAGUCGCCGGUGAUGUAAUCCUGGUGAGUCCCAUCCAUCUGGUUCAUGAGGGAACAUCUGUUACUCUUGGAUGCAAACUGAGGACACAAAACUUCACCUCCGCUGUUGUGUUCGACAAAAAUGACAAAAGAAUCCAAGACAGCAGCAGACCAGAAAUGAAGAUCGCUGCGGCGACGCAAUCGGAUGAAGGCUUCUACCGGUGUGAACAUUCAGGAGAGGCGUCACCGCCGAGUUGGAUGUCAGUGAAACCCUCCACCUCUCCCUCUCCGGUGUGGCUGAGCGUGGGGUUGGUCUGUGGUCUGCUGGUGGCGUUCCUCCUGACCCUGCUGCUCUUCUGCUGCUGCAGAAGGUCAAAUGGAACAGCUUGUAACAGGCUACUUCACUGUCACAAAAGCGGCCGUACCUCUGGCAGAGUCCAAACGGCUGACCGGGAUGAAAGUCAGCAGAAAACUUACGCAUCCCUCCUCUACAGUGACCGGUGUGUGUACGACACAGUCGGAGGCUCUGACAGCACCGACAAUGGAGGAGGGGAAUAUGAAGACGGAAAUGUCCACCGUCACAUUGAGCUCAGGAGCGUUGGACGAACACAUCCCACUCCCGCCUCUGACAGCUCCAGCGUUUAUAUCAUCUGACAGUGAACACCUUCGAUAAUAUUGUUAACAAGAGAUGGAUCUUCUAUCAAACAGGAGGAUGCUGGACGAUGAGUGAUCAUCUUCAACCAAACAUGUAUUUGACGAUAUUAAAUUGUUAUUUUUGAUAGCUACGAGUUUAGAUAUGUCUGGAGUAAAGUUGCGAUCUUAGAUUUGAAGCCGGGCAGUAUGUGGCAUCACAUUUAUGUCAAAUGUUGAGAGAAAACAAAAAAAAUCAUCAAAAGUGGCAACUGCAUGGCAUCGAUUUUGACUGAGCAGAAAACUGUCAUCAAACCGGUUGCCGUGGGAGCAGGUCAUUUUCACAAGGCUGGAUUCUCAAAUCCCAGCUUUCACUAGUGUUUACUCACAGGGCAGAAGCCUCCUCGUCGAUGGCAACAUGGCCUACAAACUGGACGUUUCCCACUUGAAGAAUGUAUAUAUCCUUAUAAAAAAACUUUGUUGACUUUGUAGACUACUCCACUACUCCCUUAUGAUCAUGAACUUGGAAAAAUUCCCUGCAACUCCCAGAAAGUGUAAAAUGUUAAUGUAGAAAAACGGCUAUUUUGCAAAAUAGCCGGCUAAUGUGCAAAAUAACCGUCAGGGCGGCUAAUGUAGAAAAACGGCUAUUUUGCAAAGUACAUACAUUUUUAAGCUCAUGGUGCGCAGACAUUACAUUUUCAAUCAUCUCUCCAGUCUCGCUGCUCCGGUCAGCUCGAGACAAUUGUCUCGAGCUGACCGUGGCAUGCCGUGGCAAUUAUAGCAAUUAUUCUGAGUCCAAAUACCAUGCAGUAUAUUCCUAAAUUGAGUAUUCCAAAACGAAUAAUGCAAACUUAUAGGUCUGGGAAAUGUACUCGCAAAUAUCCAGUGUGACAGUCUUUGUGAGGAACGAUCUCUUCCCAUCUUCUCUUUGCCACCUCCAAAACAGACAAACAGUUGUUGCGACUCUAUCAUGAAAGGUGCGCUCCUAAAUCCGAAUAGCGCGAACCCGAAGCGUGCGCAUGAUGAGAUGAGGUCUCUCCUCCUCCUCCAUUUGCACGAAUUGAUUAAACCAAAACAAACUAAGCAAACCUAAUUCAUUUGGUAGAUAGAGUCCAGUUACUCCACUACAGAAUAGCCUACAGUUCAUUUGAAUGGAUGAAAUUCGCGCUACAAACCAGUCACGUACAGCCGCCAAUAAGUGCAGUUGGUGCGUAGGAGCCAAUGGAACAAGCCCAUAUGCUGCACAUGCUUGUUGUGGACAAGGCUAUUUAUGGCUGUUAUUUUCCCGAAAAAAUUAAGGCAUACAAUAUUUUAUUUAACAGUGUAAUGUGUUUUAGGUACAUUUACUUCAUUUGCUGUGCAUUUAGUAGAAACUCUUGUACUUUACGUGAGAACUUUAUGUUCCCAGCACUUGCUUGUACUCUGCUGCAUUUUAUAUUUCUGUAACAGCUUCCUUAAGUAUGUUUUACAUUAAAAUAAGUACUCAAAAGUAAUUUUUUUCCC